AUGAGACAAUACAUGGAUAUGGAGGUUAAGAACAUGCCUGGAAAGAUUAGUAUCCCUAAAAGUUUUGCCUUCUCAGAAGGAAAGGCUAUUGAGCAUCCAGAUUACCCACACUACAGUAGCGUCUUACAGAAAAUGAACAUGCCCUUUGUAAAAGGACUUGAAGACAGACAUAACUGUGACAGAUUUGAAAAGAAAUGCAACCCUCCGUUUUUAAAAUUUCAUCCUUAUCCUCCUUCAAUCCUGCCAGACUAUCAUUUUCACUACCCUUACCCCCCACCAUUCGGGAAGGCAUAUCCAUUAUUCCCACUGCGUGACGAUGUGCCCUUGGGUGACCCCUGCUCAGGAUUUAUGAGUCCUGGUGGUGAUGCUGAUUUAAAGCCUGGUGUUGGCAGAGCCAUACCAAACCUGGUGAGUUUCUAUGAUGUGAAACCUCAAAAUCGAGUUCCUAGGCCAGACAAAGGAUUUCAAACAACAAUAAAAAGGCAAACAAUACUUUCAGAAGAACUAAAACAGGACAGAAGAUGGAAUUCCAGGAAAGUACAAGACAUUUCCAUCAAAGCAAAACUUGGAGGUUGGACAAGCAAACAGAAAGUUACUCCUGUACCAGUUCAUGAACACGAAGUGGGCACAUUAAGUCGCUUAUAUACCUUUGACGAGGAGGCAACAAGUACAGAUGAUAGUGAACCACUUGUCCAGCUAGACAAGAACUAUAACAUAAAGGAUUCAUUCUACAAAUCCUCAACACAGAAAGCUUAUGAAGAUGUUCCUUGGGACAAGAUACUACCACCAAAACUUGAUCCAGAAGAAACAACGGUGGAAAAAGCUUCUGACCGCAUCUCACAGUGUUUUUCACUGAAAAGAUAUGAAAGACUACCAGCCAUAACCCAGAUGGUCGGAGGACUCUGGGACAGAUUUCAGACGAGAUUGUUCUCAGCACCAGCCAAACCAAUCAAUUUUGUGAGUCCAAGUACUAGGAGUAAAUACAUUCCUCUAUAUACUGGUCAUGUGCAGAGCACAAACGCUGACGAUGUGGACAACCCCUAUGGAGAUAUCAAGUCUGUGGCCCAUCCUCGGCACUCUAAACUGCUCUAUACGAACACAAGCCGGUCUGCGAAUAUCCCAGGAUACACUGGCAAGGUUCAUUUCACAGCCACCCACCCAACAAAUUCUAAUAUUCCAUCAACAAUGCCAGCAGAUUCAGAGAUGAACCGCCUCUUACUACAAGAAAUGAGAGUUGACCACUUCCGUCACCAGGGCCCAUUGUCCCAAAUGGUGACAACUGUGAAGCCCUACAACCCUUUCAACAAGAAGGAAAAAGAAACCAUUGAGUACUGA